ACCCGAUCGCAAGCCUUCCUAUGAUACGGGAACAAGAGUAUGCGUAUCAGCGUUCUCAAUUAAUACGCAAUGUUAUCAGAAGUCGAUGAAGUUCAGUGAAGUUCAAGGUGGAGAUGGGAACUUCUUGAUUAACCUCAGCGCAUCAUCGAAACCCCCUACCACCGCCAAGUCGUCCUUGGGAAGAUAAAUCCUUAUAAGAGUGUUCUUCGGCAGAUAGAAGACAGUGUCCAGGAUGGAUCUCCGUCAACUGCUAGUUGGCAUCCUCGUUGUCAUUAUGUCAGUAGAGGUUCGCGGAGAGAACUGCUUUUACGCGGACAAUGACUGUCCUAAUGGGAAUAUCUCCUUCUGGCUCCGCACAAGGGAAACCGAUGUGGAUGGAUUCGAAAUUACAGAAGAAAACCUUGAACAAAUUCCUCUCAUCGAGAAUGCCCCCUUGAUUCUCGCAUUGGACGGAUGCUACAUUACGUCCGCGUAUAAUGUCCCGAUUGCCGGUAGGUGCACUGCGAGACUCCUCCAACAGUUGUACACUAGAAGAGGCAAGCACUGGAAGAACCUCACUCACGUCGUUGGGUUCAGUAUGGGAGCGCACGUGGCUGGUGUUGUGGGUUAUCACCUACCAAAGCUGCCCAGGAUCACAGGACUUGAUCCCGCUUUGCCACUUUUUACAGCAGCAACUUCUAGGAUUGAAAAUAGACUGGACCCUUCAGAUGCCGACUUCGUGGACGUCUACCACACGAACGGUGGCUGGCAGGGAAGGCUUGGAGUUGUGGGACAAGUCGACUUCUACCUCAACAAUGGAGCGACCCAACCUGGGUGUCAUUUCAGUAUGUAUCUCCUCCAAUCAUAUCGGUUUAUCCGAUAUGAUUAA